AUGUCAUUGGUGAUCAAUCCAGCCCUUCACGAGUCGCAUUAUUAUAUAACCCACCACUGCGUCUUGAAGCCCUCGAGCACGUCAACCAAAUUGCGAGUGGUUUUCGAUGCCUCGUGCACAACAACUUCGCAACUGUCGCUUAAUGACCUACUGCUUGUGGGUCCCACUGUGCAAGCGGAUCUUUAUCUGCAGCUUCUCAAAUUCAGACUAGAUUCCCCAGACGCAGAACUGCAGACGUUCCAGCUAAAUACCGUCACUUACCGAACCGCCGCUGCGCCAUAUCUUGCAGUGCGCAGUUUACACUACUUGGCUGACAAGUACAAGGAGGAAUUCCCGACCGGCGCAUCGGUUAUCAAAUCUUCAUUUUACCUGGACGAUCUGCUUUGUGGAGCAGACGACAUACACACCUUGCAACUCAUCAAACAAGAAUUCAUCGAAGUUCUUCAAGAGGGGAACUUUCCGUUGGCCUAG